GUUCACGGUGACCGCGGUGUUUGCUGGGAUACACAGAGACUUUAAAUACCGUCGGAGGCGUGUGGUCGGCUCAGAGCCGCAUCGGAAUAGGUUGCUAAGAUGGCUGAGAAUGGUGUGGCUCAAGAAAUAACUCCCUUGGAGAAGAAAAUUUGUGAACAGAUUGAAUAUUACUUUGGUGAUCACAAUUUGCCACGGGAUAAAUUUCUCAAAGAACAGAUCAAGCUGGAUGAUGGUUGGGUACCCCUGGAAACCAUGAUUAAAUUUAACAGGUUAAGUCGUCUGACAACAGAUUUUACUGUAAUAGUAGAAGGGCUCAAGAAAUCAACAAGUGGAUUUCUGGAAAUAAGUGAAGAUAAAACCAAAAUUCGUCGUUCUCCAAGCAAGCCUCUGCCAAAGUUUGAGGAGUACAAAAAUGCUGUGAAGGAUAGAUCUGUAUAUGUUAAAGGCUUUCCCACAAGUGCUACACUUGAUGAGAUUAAGGGUUGGUUUGAUGAAACUGGACCUGUGGAGAAUAUACAGAUGAGGAGGACAUUGCAGAGACAAUUUAAGGGAUCAGUAUUUGUGGUCUUUGACAGUAUAGAUUCGGCCACAAAAUUUGUAGAAACAACAGGUCUGAAGUACAAAGAUAAUGACAUGAUUGUGCUUUUCAAAGAAGCUUAUUUUGUGAAGAAAGCUGAAGAAAGGAAACAACAUAAAACAGCAAAAAACAAAAAAAAUGAGAAAGAACAUAAACCUGUGGAAGAUCUUGAUGUGCUUGACACGAAAUCCCUCAAGGAAAAAACUGGGUGCUUGCUGAAGUUUGCUGGUGACCUUGCUGAUCAGACAUGCAGGGAGGAUAUUCAUGAAAUUUUCUCCAAUCAUGGUGAAAUACAAUGGAUAGAUUUCAUAAGGGGUGCUAAAGAGGGAAACAUCCUCUUUAAAACAAAUGCAAAGGAAACACUUGAGAAGGCAGAAGCAGCUCAUGGAGGAAAAUUGCAAUUGAGAGACAAAGAUGUGACCUGGGAAAUGGUGGAUGGUGAAGAGGAAAAAGCAAUUUUAAAGAAGAUAAUAGAAGACCAGCAGGAGUCUCUGAACAAGCGAAAGGGCAAAGUUCAAAGGGGUAGAGGAAGAGGUGGUAAGGGAAGUUGGGGACAACAAAGGGUGCAGUUCCAAGGCAAGAAAACAACAUUUGAGAGUGAAGAUGAAGAUGGUGCUCAGGAAAUUGAGGAAACUAAAGAAAUGACUGCUACAAGUCCAAAGAAGAGAACGAUUGAAGAAGUUGAAUCUGUAGGUGAGCCUGCAGCAAAACAACUGAAAACUGAAUCUGUAGAUGAGUCUACACCAAAACAACUGAAAACAGAAGGUCAAUCUGGUGAUCAGUAGGAUUCAAUUUAUGUUCUGCAAACAGAACAAAAUGACCACAUGGCCUGAUCCAAGGAGUUUUAACUACAUUUAAUUUUUAUCUCUGCAUUUCUUCAAUUGAAUAUCUUCCAGAGGGAUGGAAUUUAUUUAAACGAAAACCGUAUGAAGUCCACUUCAAUGUCGAUCUAGAAUUUAAAGAAAAGUAUUAACUACUGUAUAAUUUGGAGAUGCCUUAACUGCAUGCUUGUCUAAGGUUUGUGUAGAUGGUUUUUAAAGCAUUUUACUUAUGUUAAACUUUGAUUUGUUACUUUAUUUGCAAUUUAAUUUUCUUGCAGAGAUUUAAAUGCACAAGACUGCUAUGUUGUACCUUGGAAGUUUGACAUUAAUUUUAGUCUUAAAUAUCAUUUCACUGUAAAUAGCCUGCAAAUUCAUGAAUAAAACUACUUUGAACUAUGUAAAGGGUUUGAUACUGAUCUUGCGUAAGCUGGUCUGCAGGUGAUGUACAAAUUGGACUAUACCAAAAUCAGGCAUUAACUGUAAAAUUUUAAAUAUUUCAUAAAUCAGUUAUAAAUAAAUGACAUUCUGUGACUAUGA